GGCUCAACAGCGGGCACCGCGUCAUCUGGCAAGACAGUGGGCACCAAGUCACCAGGCACGACAGUGGGCUCUGAGUCAAUUGGCACGACAGCGGGCACCGGGUCAUCAGGUACCGGAUUGUCUGGCUCGACAGCGGGCAUCGGGUCACCAUGUAUGACAGCGGGCACUGGGUCACCAGGCAUCAGGUCAUUUGGCUUGCCAGCGGGCACCGCGUCAUCUGGCAAGGCAGUGGGCACCGGGUCACCAGGCAUUGGAUCGUCUGGCUCGACAGCGGGCAUCGGGUCACCAGGCAUCAGGUCAUUUGGCUCGCCAGCGGGCACCGCGUCAUCUGGCAAGGCAGUGGGUACCGAGUCACCAGGUACGACAGCGAGCUCUGAGUCAAUUGGCACGACAGCGGGCACGGGUCAGGUACCGGAUCAUCUGGAUCAACAGCGGGCAUCGAGUCAACUG